AUUCCCGCAAAACCAAAAAAACUUUCCUUCUUAAUCAAAUAGUCAGAUCCUUAAUAACACCAAAACCUAUUCUUCUCCUCUCUUCACCCUCAAAAUGGAUUUCACCACAAACCUCAACGACCUUCCACCCAACAAGAGAAUCAGACUCAUUCAACAAAAACAACAACAGCAACAACAACAUAGUCCAUGUUCACUCUUGCCCACCAAAAAACGCAAAGAAUCUCGAAACACAUCACUUUUUCACAAUCCACAAUCAACACCAUCACCAUCUAUUUAUUCUCUACCCACCAAAAAAAGAGUCUGUGCUCUCCAACCUCACCUUUACCACCACCACCACCACAAUGCCCCAAAUGACGUCGUUUCAAAAUUCGAUCUCAAUGUCGAAUACAACCCUGCUCUUCACUCACCAACUCCAACCGAGAAACAACCUCAAAAACAUGAUACCGAUAACAACAACAAUGACGACGACAACGGCCAAGAUGUUGUCGCUGAUGAUGAUGGGAUUUUAUGCUGUGUGUGUCAGAGCACAGACGCUAACGCGGAGGAUCCAAUUGUUUUCUGUGACGGUUGUAAUUUAAUGGUUCAUGCUUCUUGCUAUGGAAACCCAUUAGCAAAAGAAAUCCCUGAAGGGGAUUGGUUUUGUGAACGGUGUCGUUUUAUUAAAAACGACACUGAUCUGGUUCAUUGCUCCCUCUGUCCGAAUACAGAGGGAGCAAUGAAACAAACAAUAGAUGGAAAAUGGGCACACUUGGUUUGUGCUUUACUUGUGCCUGAAGUGUUUUUUGUAGAUCCAGAAGGGAGAGAUGGGAUUGAUUGUUCUAAAGUUCCAAAGAAGAGGUGGUUGGAAAAGUGUUAUGUUUGUGAGUGCUGUGAUGGGUGUGCUUUGGUUUGUUCUGAACCUAAAUGUGGUUUGGGUUUUCAUAUUACUUGUGGAAUCAAAGAGGAUCUUUGUAUUGAGUAUAAAGAAGGGAAAAAAGGUGCUACUGUUGUUGCUGGUUUUUGCAAAUCUCACUCUCAACUCUGGGAAAAGCAACAGGUAUCAGGAAAAUACAAGAUUGUUGCAGUUGAAGAUAAGUAGCUGAGAUCUUUUAAUUCUGUUAAUCUUUUUAGGGAAUUCCACAAUAGGUUACUAUAGGAGUUCAUUUGAGUUUGUUUUAGUUUUCACUUAUGCAUUUUUAAUGUCAAGUCUUUGGAUGAAGACAAUUGACAACAGUGUUUAUGUUACUGGAAUUGAACAGUCACAGUUGAAUGAUGAUCAACUUGAAUUUCUAUAUCAACAAAAACUGGUGUAGACAGUAUUUCUUAUUAUAAAUUAACGAUAUUACAUUAUGCUUAA